CCUCAUCGCCAACUUCCCGUCGAACUCGACGUCUCAGUCUCCGCCCAAUCCUAGCGGUUAAAUCGAUUGAUUCUCGUGUUCAAUACACUAAACAAAUCUAUUCAAAAUGAAGCACGUCGCCGCUUUCCUCCUCCUCACCCUUGCCGGUAACGAGUCCCCCUCGGCCGCUGACGUUAAGAACGUCCUCUCCUCCGUCGGUAUCGAUGCCGAUGAGGAGCGUCUCAACAAGCUCAUCUCCGAGCUUGAGGGCAAGAACAUCCAGGAGCUGAUCUCCGAGGGUUCUGCUAAGCUCGCCUCCGUUCCCUCCGGUGGUGCUGGUGGUGCUGCUGCCGCCCCCGCCGCUGCCGCUGGCGGUGAGGCUCCCGCUGAGGAGAAGAAGGAGGAGGAGAAGGAGGAGUCCGACGAGGACAUGGGCUUCGGUCUCUUCGACUAAACGGUUUCAUCGCUCCGAGUCCAGAAAAAAUGGCGAUAACUCGUGGGGGAACAGGAAUCUGGAGUUGGGGGAAGAAAAUUUCCCAAGGAAAUGGUCAAUCUUGCAUAUUCCAGGGUUUCCUGAUGCAGUUACGAUUUGUGCAUACGUGAAGUUUAGCCAAUACAGGUUGUCUGACCUCCUCGAGCAUCGUUUCUACGUUUGUUGGUAUUACUUGUAGUAUGUAAGUUGCUUUCUUAAGAGAUUGGUCCACCACUCAUUGCCCCGGGCGGACCCAAUGUACGUACGCGGAAUUGCCCCUUGAUAUCCUCUUCGUUGGUCUGGGUAUCAAUAAUUAAAGGUCGGGGAACCAGCGACAAGAUCUAAGGUAGAUUACACUCCGUACAUUGUACUUCAACAUUUAAAACAGCCAAUAACAAAGACCGUAAAAAGCGCGAUAAGAAAGCGCGAAUCGAAGGCAGGAACAAUUUAUAGGGCAGGGCGCAGAAACC